AUAUUUUAUAUACCGCAACGUUGAAUCAUCAUCUUUAUAAAAUUAUCAAUUUUUAGCCCCAUUAUUAAUUCUACAAAAAAUUAACGAUAAGUUCCUGUAGUUUAUUUCUUUCUAAUAAAAAUGACACACACCACAACCAACUUCGCAGAGUUUUAUGCACUGCUCUGACUGCACAGUGCAUACGACAUGCAUACGAAUUUUUUUUCGUUUUUAUUUCACGAAGGUCUAACUUUUCCAGGGGCUAACAUUCUUUCGACGCAGUGAACUGAGUAAUGUUUCUGGUUUCUUUUGUGCUUUAAUUUACUGAUUAAGACUUGAUGCGGAUUUGAGAGAAUUACGAAUGAGUCGAAUUUUAUCAAAUAGAUGAGUCAACAUAAGUAACUUAUGUCUGCUACUUGUAAAGUGCUUGUGAGCUGCCAGUUGUGCUUCAGAUUGAUUCAAACAUGAAUCAGUUCAGCGAGGAAGAGGAAAGUUUUGUUGAAAGUGAUAUUGUGCUAACAACUGCAGCAUAUCCAGGAUCAGAACCAUGCAGAAGACGCAUUGGAACUGGUGUAUUAGGAACUAUUUUUCUCAUGGUUAAUGCUACACUUGGGGCCGGAUUACUAAAUUUUCCAGAAGCUUUUGACAAAUCUGGAGGAAUAGCGACAGCUUUAAUUGCUCAGUUAUUUUUUCUGGUUUUUAUUACACUGACAUUAGUAAUUUUAGCUAGUUCUAGUGAUGUUACUAAUACUACAACGCUGCAAAGUACCUUUGCUGGGCUUUGUGGUCAAAACUCAUUGGUAUUUUGUGGACUUUGUGUAGCAAUUUAUAGUUUUGGAUGCUGUGUUACAUUUUUAGUUGUCAUUGGAGAUCAAUUUGAUAGAGUUUUUGCCACAUAUUUUGGUUUGGAUUAUUGUCAUACAUGGUAUCUUUCCAGAUCGUUUAUUACUUGUUUGACAAGUGUAUUAUUUAUACUGCCACUCUCAUUCUUUAAAAGAUUGGAUGCUUUAAAUUAUGCCAGUUCAAUAGGCUGUUUAACUAUCAUUUAUGUUGUUUGGUUGAUUGUGUAUGAAAGCUUUGAUCACCAUAAACUACCCUCCAAACCAGUUCGAAUUUGGCCAGAGAAUUUCACUCAAGUCUUGCAAAUUGUGCCAAUCAUAUGUUUUGCUUACCAGAGCCACAUGACUGCCAUACCGACGUAUGCAUGUAUGAAAAGCAGAGAAAUUGGGAAAUUUACUCUUUGCUCAAUAAUUAGUAUGAUAAUUUGCUUUUUCGGGUAUUCAAUCGUCGGCGUGUUUGGCUACGCUACUUUCGGCAUUGGAAAGGUUCCCAGUGAUAUUUUACAAGGAUAUUCGGAUAAGAGCACUACUUUGACAAUUGCAAUAAUUGCUAUUGCUAUAAAAAAUUUUACUACUUUUCCGAUUGUAUUAUAUUGUGGUCGUGACGCGAUUUUAAGUAUAUUCAACAGGGAUGUUAACUGUAAUUUUUGGAUUAGAUUUACUAUUACCAUCAUUUGGUUUAUAUUGAGUUUAAUAAUAGCUAUUUUAGUUCCCGACAUUGCUCCGAUAAUCAAUAUAAUGGGAUCUUUAUCCGCAGCUUUUAUAUUUGUAUUCCCAGGAAUUUGUUUGUUUCAAUAUAUUCUGCAAAAAGAUCCUCAAUUGUAUUUAAUCAAAGACCGUUGCUUGAUUGUAUUAUCUAUUUUUAUCACUGCUCUUGGAGCCUUUGUCUGUGGUGUUAUUUUUGUAGAGGCUUUACAAGAUUUUCAAAAAGUACCUGAAAAACCACCACUCAUAACUGGUUUUAAGGCACAGUUAGGUGCAAGUUUGUGCUCAUAAUACUCAUGAAUUUAAGAAUAUGUCUAUGUAUACUCAUAAAUUUACGAUGAAAUCGUAAAUUAUAUUACGACUAUGAUAAAACUUUUGUAAAUAAGUGUACCUAUAUUUUAAGAUAAAUAACUGAAAAAUUAAAA